AUUGCCCUGCCUUAUGUGUUGGGCAAGUAGGCACCAGGAGUUACAGAACUCAGAGACAAACGUUUUCCCAUUUUUCUCAAGGUUUUGCUUUUAAUGCCUUGGGAGAAUGGCAGAGGGUGCAGAUGGAGAGGAAGAGAUUCAGUUCCUGCGAACGGAUGAUCAGGUGGUGCUGCAGUGCACUGCAUCUAUUCUGAAGGAGCAGAUCAAGCUGUGUCUGUCAUGUGAAGGAUUUGGGAAUCGUCUGUGCUUCCUUGAGACCACCUCAAACGCUCAGAAUGUCCCUCCAGACCUUGCUAUCUGCUGCUUCAUUUUGGAGCAGUCCCUGUCUGUGCGGGCAUUACAGGAGAUGCUGUCCAACUCUUCUGUGGACGAGGCUGUUGAUUUGGACAAAUGGUCAUCACAAGGUGGGGGUCACCGAACCCUCCUGUACGGACAUGCCAUCCUCUUGAAACACACUCACUCCAGCAUGUAUCUGAGCUGUUUGACUACUUCGCGCUCACUGACAGACAAACUGGCUUUUGAUGUGGGCUUACAGGAAGACUCCACAGGAGAGGCCUGCUGGUGGACCAUCCAUCCGGCCUCCAAGCAAAGGUCUGAAGGCGAGAAGGUCAGGGUGGGAGAUGACCUCAUUCUUGUCAGUGUUUCUUCUGAGCGAUACCUGCAUCUGUCCUACGCCAGUGGUGACUUGAUGGUUGAUGCCUCUUUCAUGCAAACGCUGUGGACGAUGACCCCUGUGAUGUCUGGAUGUGAGCUUGCUGAAGGUUUUCUGACCGGCGGGUAUGUGCUCAGGCUGUUCCAUGGACACAUGGAUGAGUGUUUGGCAAUCCCAGGAGCUGACCAAGGGGACGACCAGCGCAGAGUUGCUCAUUAUGAAGGAGGGGCUGUGUGCAGUCAUGCGCGAUCCUUAUGGAGACUUGAGCCACUACGUAUUGCUUGGAGCGGCGGUCACAUUAAAUGGGGCCAGUCUUUCCGGAUUCGUCACAUAACAACAGGCAGAUACCUUUGUCUGGAUGAAGAGAAAGGACUGCUGCUGGUGGACCCGGAGAAGGCAAAUUCCAAGAUGUCAGCCUUCUGCGUCAGAAUUUCAAAGGAAAAAAUUGAAGUGGCCCAAAAGCGAGAUGUGGAAGGCAUGGGCACGCCUGAGAUUAAGUACGGAGAGUCAAUGUGCUUUGUACAGCAUGUUUCAACUGGCCUCUGGCUUACAUAUGCUGCUGUUGAUGCCAAAUCUGCCCGCCUGGGUCCUCUGAAGAGAAAGGCCAUACUCCAUAAAGAGGGUCACAUGGAUGAUGCACUCACAGUGGCUCGAUCUCAGACUGAAGAGUCCCAAGCAGCCAGAAUGAUUUUCAGCACAACAGGCCUCUUCAACCAGUUCAUCAAAGGUCUAGAUGCGCUGAGCGGGAAAAACAAAUCUGCCAACCCACCAUCUCUGCCCAUGGACACAGUAGUGCUCUCCCUGCAGGACCUCAUUUUCUACUUCCGACCCCCAGAGGAGGAGCUGGAGCACGAGGACAAACAGUUCAAGCUUCGCUCCCUCAAGAACAGACAGAACCUCUUCCAAGAAGAGGGUAUGAUUACUCUUGUCCUGGACUGUGUUGAUCGGCUCAAUGUCUACAACACAGCAGCCCACUUCUCAGAGUAUGCAGGGGAAGAAGCCGCAGAGUCAUGGAAGGAGAUAGUAAAUUUACUGUAUGAAUUGCUAGCUUCUUUGAUCAGAGGUAAUCGUGCUAACUGUGCCCUGUUCUGUGAUAACCUCGACUGGCUGGUCAGUAAAUUGGAUCGUUUGGAGGCAUCUUCAGGAAUCCUGGAGGUGUUGUACUGUGUUCUGAUUGAAAGUCCAGAGGUGCUGAAUAUUAUCCAGGAGAAUCACAUCAAAUCAAUCAUCUCUCUGCUGGAUAAGCAUGGACGCAAUCAUAAGGUCUUGGAUGUGCUCUGUUCUCUUUGUGUGUGUAACGGGGUUGCUGUAAGGUCAAAUCAGAAUCUCAUCACAGAGAAUCUGCUUCCGGGUCGUGACCUCCUACUUCAAACCAACAUUAUCAAUUAUGUAACCAGCAUGAGACCCAACAUUUUCCUUGGAACUUGUGAAGGAUCCACUCAGUAUAAGAAGUGGUAUUUUGAGGUGAUGGUGGACAACGUGGAGCCGUUCCUUACAGCUCAGCCAUAUCAUCUGCGUGUGGGCUGGGCUCUGACGGAGGGCUACAGUCCUUACCCUGGUGGAGGGGAAGGCUGGGGGGGCAAUGGGGUCGGAGAUGACCUCUACUCCUACGGUUUUGACGGGCUUCACCUCUGGUCAGGACGUGUUCCGCGUCAUGUUGCCACACCCAAUCAGCACGUCCUGGCAGCAGAGGAUGUCGUCAGCUGUUGUUUGGAUCUGAGAGUGCCCAGUAUUUCCUUCCGUAUCAAUGGGCAUCCAGUUCAGGGCAUGUUUGAGAACUUCAACCUGGACGGCUUGUUCUUUCCAGUUGUCAGCUUCUCUGCGGGCGUAAAGUUGAGAUUUCUUCUCGGAGGGCGUCAUGGGGAUUUCAAGUUCCUCCCACCUCCAGGUUAUGCCCCAUGCUAUGAAGCAGUGCUGCCCAGGGACCGUUUGCGGAUUGAGCCCAUCAAAGAGUAUAAGCAUGACUUUGAUGGUGUCCGCAACCUGUUGGGUCCAACUCAGUCCCUGUCACAUACAGCCUUCACGCCUUGUCCAGUGGACACUAUACAGAUUGUACUCCCUCCUCAUUUGGAGCGUAUUCGAGAGAAGCUUGCAGAAAACAGCCAUGAGUUAUGGGCUGUUACUCGCAUUGAACAAGGAUGGACUUUUGGACCAUUUCGUGAUGACAACAAGAAGCUGCACCCCUGCCUGGUAGAUUUCCAGAGUCUGCCUGAACCAGAGAAGAACUAUAAUUUAGCAAUGUCAGGAGAGACCCUCAAGACUCUGCUGGCACUUGGCUGUCAUGUGGGAAUGGGAGAUGAGAAAGCAGAAGAGAAUCUGAAAAGGACAAAGCUUCCCAAAACUUACAUGCAGAGUAGCGGAUAUAAGCCAGCCCCUCUGGACCUCAACCACGUCAAGCUAACUCCUAAUCAGAACACCCUAGUGGAGAGACUUGCAGAAAAUGGACACAAUGUGUGGGCAAGAGACCGGGUUCGCCAGGGCUGGACAUACAGUAUUGUGCAGGAUAUAAUGAACAAGCGCAAUCCCCGUCUAGUUCCUUACAACCUACUGGAUGAAAAGACUAAAAAGACCAACAGAGACACAGUUUGUGCAGCUGUUCGCACUCUGAUCGGAUAUGGUUACAACAUAGAACCACCUGAUCAGGAAAGCAGUGGGCACGGGCCAGCAACUGGUGAUAAGAUCAGAGUCUUCAGAGCAGAGAAAUCAUAUGCUGUCACCCAGGGGAAGUGGUACUUUGAAUUUGAGGCUGUUACAGUCGGGGAGAUGAGAGUGGGCUGGGCCAGGCCAAGCGUUCGCGCAGACACUGAACUUGGUGCAGAUGAGUUGGCGUAUGUCUUUAAUGGCUUCAAGGCCCAACGUUGGCAUGUGGGAAAUGAGCCAUUUGGUCGUCAGUGGCUGUCUGGUGAUGUGGUGGGUUGUAUGAUUGACCUCACAGAGAUGAACAUCAUGUUUACACUGAACGGAGAAAUGUUGAUCAGCGACUCAGGCUCUGAGAUGGCUUUUAAGGAUAUCGAGAUAGGAGAGGGUUUCAUACCUGUGUGCAGUCUGGGCUUGUCCCAGGUCGGCAGGAUCAAUUUGGGUCAGAACGUCAGCAGUCUUCGUUUCUUUACAAUCUGUGGCCUCCAGGAGGGAUUUGAACCCUUUGCUAUCAACAUGAAAAGAGACAUUACCAUGUGGUUCAGCAAGAGCCUUCCACAGUUCAUCAACGUGCCUACUGAUCAUCCUCACAUGGAGGUGUCUCGUGUUGAUGGGACAGUGGAAACUGCCCCUUGUCUCAAAGUGACCCACAAGACAUUCGGAUCUCAGAAUGCCAACACAGAUCUGCUGUUCCUCAGACUCAGAAUGCCGGUUGAGUUUCAUGAGACAUUCAAAGUCCCUGCCGGGACCACCCUUCUUACUCGUGCACUGACCAUCCCUGAGGACGAGGUGUUAGAGGUAGACCCAGACUCUGAUUUUGAAAUACUCAAGAAGUCAGCUACUCGCAAAGAGCAGGAGGAGGAGAAGAAAGAACCCUCUGUGCCCAAAGAUAUCCCUGCCAUCAAAAAUGGGGAAAAUGAGAAGGAUGCCUCAACUGAGAAAAGCAAGAAGAAAGGAUUGUUUUUCAAGGCCAAGAAGGCGGCAUUAAUAACUCCAGCCCCCGUUGUUCCCACCAUGCCUCGCUUAAUGGAGGAUGUGGUGCCAGAUGACAGGGAUGACAUGGACAUCAUCCUCAACACCACUACAUACUAUUACUCUGUGAGAGUGUUUGCGGGCCAGGAGCCCGGUGGCGUGUGGGUGGGCUGGAUCACACCUGACUAUCACCAGUAUGACCUUCAUUUUGACAUCAGCAAAGUGAGAAAUGUAACAGUUACUGUAGGCGAUGACAAAGGCAACAUUCAUGACAGUAUAAAACGCAGUAACUGCUACAUGGUUUGGGGAGGGGAGUUCAGCAGCUCCCAGCAAACCCGAGUCAGUCAAGAAGAUUUUGUGAUUGGUUGUCUCAUUGAUUUGGACACCGGACUUAUGACUUUUACUGCUAAUGGAAAAGAGAUCAACACAUUUUACCAGGUGGAGCCCAACACAAAACUGUUCCCAGCUGUCUUUGUCCUUCCUUCCAGUCAGAAUAUGAUUCAGUUCGAACUAGGCAAGCUAAAGAACAUUAUGCCGAUCUCAGCUGCCAUGUUCCGGAGCGAACGCAAGAACCCUGUUCCCCAGUGUCCUCCUAGACUGGAUGUCCAGAUGUUAACCCCGGUCAUCUGGAGCCGCAUGCCCAACCACUUCCUGGCCCCAGAGACAGGACGUAUUAGUGAGAAACUGGGCUGGGCAGUGCUGUGUCAGGAGCCACUCACCAUGAUGGCUCUCCACAUCCCAGAGGAAAACAGGUGUAUUGACAUUCUGGAGCUGUCUGAACGUAUGGACUUGCUGAAGUUCCACUAUCAUACUCUAAAGCUGUAUGGCUUAGUGUGUGCUUUGGGAAAUAACCGCGUAGCUCAUGCUCUGUGCAGCCAUGUUGACGAGUCCCAGCUCUUCUACGCCAUAGAAAACACCUACCUACCUGGACCAAUGAGGAGCGGCUUCUAUGACCUGCUUAUCAGCAUGCACCUGGAGUCUGCCAAGAGGAACAGGCUGGGAACCAACAAGGAAUUCAUAGUUCCAAUGACAGACGAAACACGCAGUAUCACUCUGUACUCUGACAGAUCUCAUGCGUUACCUGGGGUGGGCCUCACUACAUGUCUGCGACCCAAACUCCAUUUCUCCUCCGUUGGGUUUGUUGGAACAGAUCCAGAUAUCUACACUCUGAGUCCAGUCAUUCCUUUACAGGUGCUAAAGACCAAGGCCCUGAACAUGCUGACUGAGGCUGUGCAAGAUGGAGGUCAAGCCAUGAGAGAUCCAGUGGGAGGUAGUGUUGAGUUUCAUUUUGUUCCAAUCCUGAAGCUCAUCAGUACCCUCCUCAUCAUGGGUGUGUUUGAUGAUGAAGAUGUCACACACAUCCUGAAGAUGCUUGAGCCUACAGUCUUUAGUGGCAAGAAACCAGAGGAGCCUGCUGAGGAGAUUGCCCCUUUGAAGGAAGAAAAGGAACCCCCAAAAGUCAGAGCUGUAAAGGAAGAGGAGCAGGAAGCCAUGGAAGAAGAAGAAGAAGAAGAAGAAGAGGAGUAUGAGGAUGAUGGCUUGGGUGAGGAAGAUGAGGAGGAAAUGGAGGAAGAGGAAGAAUUAGAACCAGAAACCAUCGUGCCACCUGAAGAAACAGUGGAAGAGACAGAGCAAGGGAAUGGCGAGAAAGGAGCUGAGGAGACAGAGAAAGAAAUUAAAGAAGAUAAAGAAGAACGUCUAGAGCAAGGGCUUUUCCAGAUGAAGCUACCAGAGUCUGUCAAAUUGCAGAUGUGUGUUCUACUGCAGUAUUUCUGUGACUGUGAGCUGCGUCACAGAGUGGAGGGCAUCACUGCCUUUUCAGACCAGUUUGUCAGCCGGAUACAGUCCAACCAAAGGCAGCGCUACAAUGAACUCAUGCUGGCCUUCACCAUGAGUGCAGCCGAGACUGCCCGCAAGACCCGUGAAUUUCGCUCCCCACCACAGGAACAGGUCAACAUGCUUAUGAACUUCAAGAACUGUGCUGAGGAUGAAGAGUGUCCUGUUCCUGAUGAGGUCCGCGAAGCUCUGUUGACCUUUCACAAUGCUCUACUCACUCACUGUGGUGUUCAUAUUGAAGAAGAGGAACAAGAGGAGGAAGUGGAUAAUUCUCUCCGUGGACGACUGCUCCGUUUGCUGGAAAAGGUGAAAAAAAUCCGCGAGAAGAAGGUGGAGGUGGAGCCUGAGCCACAGGAAGAUAAAAAACCAAGCACACUGCAGGAGCUAAUUUCCCAUACUAUGAUCCAUUGGGCCCAGGAGUCAUUUAUCCAGAACCCUGAGCUAGUGCGCAUGAUGUUCAGCCUCCUUCACAGACAGUAUGAUGGGCUGGGUGAGCUCAUGCGUGCGCUUCCCAAGGCCUACACCAUCAACGCAGUGUCAAUUCACGACACCAUGGAUCUAUUAGAGUGUUUGGGCCAGAUCCGCUCACUACUUAUUGUCCAGAUGGGUCCAGAAGAGGAGAGGCUUAUGAUUCAAAGCAUUGGGAAUAUCAUGAGUAACAAAGUUUUCUAUCAGCAUCCAAACUUAAUGCGAGCUCUGGGCAUGCAUGAAACUGUCAUGGAGGUCAUGGUUAAUGUACUUGGCGGUGGGGACUCAAAGGAGAUCAGAUUCCCUCGAGUGGUGACAAAUUGUUGCCGUUUUCUCUGCUAUUUCUGUCGCAUCAGUCGUCAAAAUCAGCGCUCUAUGUUUGACCACCUCAGCUACCUUCUCCAGAACAGCGGCAUCGGCCUUGGAAUGCGAGGCUCCACCCCCUUGGACGUGGCUGCAGCCUCUUGUAUUGACAACAAUGAGCUGGCACUGGCUCUCCAAGAGCAGGAUUUAGAAAUGGUGGUGAAAUAUUUGGCUGGAUGUGGACUUCAAAGCUGUCCAAUGCUGCUGUCAAAAGGCUACCCUGACAUUGGCUGGAAUCCUUGUGGUGGAGAGAAAUACCUUGACUUUCUCCGUUUUGCUGUAUUUGUCAAUGGAGAGAGCGUAGAAGAGAACGCCAAUGUGGUGGUUCGUCUCCUCAUUCGCAGGCCUGAGUGCUUUGGUCCAGCCCUGAGAGGGGAGGGUGGUAAUGGCCUGCUGGCUGCAAUAGAGGAGGCCAUCAAAAUAUCAGAGGACCCUGCAAGGGAUGGCCCCAGUGUUAAGAAAGACAGACGCUUUCCCAUGUUUGGAGGAGAGGAGCAGCAUGAGGAGAACAGGGUGCACCUGGGUAAUGCCAUCAUGUCCUUCUACUCCGCCCUUAUUGACUUGCUGGGACGCUGUGCUCCAGAGAUGCAUUUGAUUCAGGCUGGUAAAGGUGAGGCUCUGAGGAUCAGGGCCAUCCUGAGGUCUCUUGUCCCUAUUGAGGAUCUGGUGGGAGUCAUCAGUCUUCCUGUUCAGAUUCCUUCUUUUGGGAAAGACAACAGCAUCAUCGAACCAAAGAUGUCGGCUAGUUUUGUGCCUGAUCACAAAGCUCCCAUGGUUCUGUUCCUGGACAGAGUGUAUGGUAUUGACAAUCAGGAUUUCCUGCUCCAUGUGCUGGAGGUAGGCUUUCUGCCUGACAUGAGGGCUGCUGCCUCUCUGGACACGGUUGCUUUCAGCACCACAGAGAUGGCCCUCGCUUUGAACCGCUACCUGUGUUCUGCUGUGUUACCGCUCAUCACUAAGUGUGCCCCGCUCUUUGCUGGCAGUGACCACCGAGCCAUAAUGAUUGACUCCAUGUUGCACACAAUAUACCGACUGUCUCGUGGACGAGCCUUCACAAAGGCCCAAAGAGACAUCAUUGAAGAGUGCCUCAUGGCUUUGUGCAAACAUCUACGUCCAUCCAUGCUUCAGCACCUGCUAAGACGACUGGUGUUUGACGUGCCCAUUCUCAAUGAGUACGCCAAAAUGCCACUGAAGCUUUUGACCAAUCACUACGAGCGUUGUUGGAAAUACUAUUGCCUCCCUAAUGGUUGGGCCAACUUUGGAGUUGCAUCAGAAGAGGAGCUGCAUCUAACUCGCAAACUGUUUUGGGGGAUCUUUGAAUCGCUAGCACACAAGAAAUUUGAUGCUGAGAUUUUCAAAAUUUCAAUGCCAUGCAUCUGUGCCAUUGCUGGAGCCAUUCCUCCAGACUACGUAGACGCCAGCUACUCCUCCAAAACUGAGAAAAAGGCAUCAGUAGAUGCAGAAGGAAACUUUGAUCCUAAGCCAGUGGAGACCACAAACACUAUCAUCCCUGAGAGACUGGAUCCCUUUAUCAACAGAUAUGCUGAAUAUACUCAUGAUAAAUGGGCCUUUGAAAAGAUCCAGAAUAACUGGUCGUACGGUGAGACGCUGGAUGAAAAUGCAAAAACUCAUCCCAUGCUCAGACCAUACAAAACCUUCUCAGAGAAGGACAAAGAAAUCUACCGUUGGCCAAUCAAGGAGUCAAUCAAAGCCAUGCUUGCAUGGGAGUGGAACCUUGAUAAAGCUAGAGAGGAAGAGGAGUCGGAGAAGAAGAAGGCAGUAUCCCGAAAAAUCUCACAGACUGCUCAGGCAACCUAUGACCCAAGCCAUGGCUACAGUCCACAGCCCAUUGAUAUCUCACACAUGGCUCUUUCAAGAGACCUUCAGUCUAUGGCAGAGCAACUGGCAGAAAAUUACCACAACACCUGGGGACGUAAGAAAAAGUUAGAGCUGCAGUCCAAAGGAGGCGGAACACAUCCUCUGCUGGUGCCCUAUGAUACUCUGACAGCAAAAGAAAAGGCCAGAGAUAGAGAGAAGGCUUAUGAGCUGCUCAAGUUCCUGCAGCUCAAUGGAUAUGCUGUCACAAGGGGCCUGAAAGAUAUGGAGGGUGACAUCUCAUCCAUCGAGAAGAGAUUUGCUUAUGGUUUCCUGCAGAAGCUGUUGAAAUGGAUGGAAAUUGCCCAGGAAUUCAUCGCUCAUCUUGAGGCUGUGGUGAGCAGUGGACGAGUGGAGAAGUCCCCUCAUGAGCAGGAAAUCAAAUUCUUUGCCAAGAUCUUGAUGCCUCUGAUCAACCAGUAUUUCAAAAACCACUGCCUCUAUUUCUUGUCGACGCCUGCAAAAGUUCUGGGUAGUGGUGGGCAUUCUUCCAAUAAGGAGAAGGAGAUGAUUGCAAGUAUCUUCUGUAAAAUGUCUGCUCUGGUGAGGCACAGAGUUUCUCUCUUUGGAACGGAUGCUCCAGCAAUUGUCAACUGUCUUCACAUUCUGGCACGCUCACUGGAUGCAAGGACAGUGAUGAAGUCGGGGCCUGAGAUUGUGAAAGCAGGGCUAAGGUCGUUCUUUGAGAGUGCUGCCGAUGAUAUAGAGAAGAUGGUAGAGAACCUCAAACUGGGCAAAGUAUCUAAAGGCAAUCAGCAAGUGAAAGGUGUGUCCCAGAACAUUAACUACACAACCAUCGCCCUGCUCCCAGUGCUGACCUCCCUGUUUGAUCACAUUGCUCAGCACCAGUUCGGAGAUGAUGUCAUGCUGGAUGAUCUACAAAUGUCGUGCUAUCGCAUCAUGUGUAGCAUCUACUCCCUUGGGACUGUCAAGAAUCCACAUGUUGAGCGGCAGAGGCCAGCUCUUGGAGAGUGUUUGGCUCACCUUGCAGCAGCGAUGCCAGUGGCCUACUUGGAGCCACAUCUAAAUGAAUUCAAUGCUUUCUCUGUUUACACCACAAAGACACCCAGGGAGCGAGCCAUCUUGGGCCUUCCCAACGAGGUUCAGGAAUUAUGCCCAGACAUUCCGGAGCUGGAUGCCCUGCUAAAGGAGAUCGGGGACUUGGCAGAGUCAGGAGCUCGUUAUACUGAGAUGCCUCAUGUAAUUGAAAUCACCCUGCCCAUGCUGUGUAACUACCUGCCUCGCUGGUGGGAGAGAGGACCUGAGAACUUCCCUGAGAUGGAGGGCCGGAUCUGCACUGAUGUCACGUCAGAACACCUUAAUCAGCUGCUGGGCAGCAUCAUGAAGAUUGUAGUCAACAACUUGGGUAUUGAUGAAGCCUCUUGGAUGAAGAGGUUGGCUGUGUUUUCACAGCCCAUUGUCAGCAGGGCAAAGCCAGAAAUGCUCAAGUCUCAUUUCAUUCCAACAAUGGAGAAAUUGAAGAAACGCACGUCAAAGGUGGUGGCUGAAGAGGACCAUUUGCGGAUGGAGGGAAAAUCGGAGGGGGAUGAGGAAGACGGCACCAUACGUGAUGAGUUUGCUGUCCUGUGCAGAGACUUGUAUGCCCUCUACCCUCUACUUAUUCGCUAUGUGGACAACAACAGGGCAAGAUGGCUGACAUGCCCAGACCCAGAUGCAGAAGAGCUCUUCCGAAUGGUUGGAGAGGUUUUUAUUUUCUGGUCCAAAUCUCAUAACUUCAAACGGGAAGAGCAGAACUUUGUGGUGAUGAAUGAGAUCAAUAACAUGUCAUUCCUCACUGCUGACAGCAAGAGCAAAAUGAGCAAGGGCGGGGACUCAGAGGGUGGAGGCUCAGACACUGAACGCACCAAGAAGAAAAGACGUGGAGAUCGUUACUCUGUGCAGACUUCACUUAUUGUGGCUGCCUUGAAAAAGAUGCUCCCCAUAGGCCUCAACAUGUGCUCUCCUGCCGACCAGGAGCUCAUCAACUUGGCCAAGAUCCGAUACUCUUUGAGGGACACUGAUGAAGAAGUAAGAGAGUUCCUGCAGAACAACCUUCAUCUGCAGGGCAAGGUGGACAACCCAUCCAUGCGCUGGCAGAUGGCCCUCUACAAGGAGAUGGCAGGGAAGGCUGAAGAUGCUGACGCUCCAGUGAAAGUUGUCAAGAGAGUACAGGAGGUUUCUGCUGUCCUCUACCACCUUGAAGUGACGGAGCACCCGUUCAAAUCCAAAAAGAUGGUGUGGCACAAACUGUUGUCCAAGCAGAGACGCAGGGCUGUGGUCGCUUGCUUUAGGAUGACACCACUAUACAACAUUCCAAGGCACAGAGCGUCAAACAUGUUCCUCGAGGGAUACAAACGCAACUGGCUUCACUCUGAGGGUUACUCAUUUGAAGACAGGAUGAUAGAUGAUUUAUCUAAAGCAAUGGAGCAGGAGGAAGGAGAUGAAGAGGAAGAAAGAGAAACAAAGCCGGAUCCCCUCCACCAGCUUAUUCUGCAUUUCAGUCGUACCGCUCUAACAGAAAAGAGUAAACUUGAUACAGAUCAUCUGUAUAUGGCAUAUGCAGAUAUUAUGGCAAAGAGUUGCCAUAUUGGUGAGGAAGAAGAAGGGGGAGAUGAAGGGGUGGAAAAAGCUGAGGAUGAGAUGUCCUUUGAGGUGCGACAGUCAGAACUGGAAAAAGAAAUGGAGAAACAAAGGCUCCUGUACCAACAAUCCAGACUUCAUAAUCGUGGUGCUGCAGAGAUGGUCCUGCAAAUGAUCAGCGCCUGCAAAGGUGAAACUGGCCCAAUGGUGACAACAACCCUCAAACUGGGUAUUUCUAUCCUUAACGGUGGAAACAGCGAGGUUCAGAGGAAAAUGCUGGAGUACUUGAAGGAUAAGAAGGAUGUAGGCUUCUUUUUGAGUGUCCAGGCACUGAUGCAGACCUGCUGUGUCCUGGAUCUAAAUGCCUUCGAGAGGCAGAACAAGGCCGAAGGGCUCGGCAUGGUGUCAGAGGAGGGCACUAAGUUGAACCUAGAUCGGGAUGAGAAAGUAAUGGCAGAUGAUGAGUUCACCUGUGACCUCUUCCGUUUCUUGCAGCUGCUUUGUGAGGGUCACAAUAACGAUUUCCAGAACUACUUGAGGACACAGACAGGCAGCACAACUACCAUCAACAUCAUCAUUUGUACCGUAGAUUACCUCCUCCGACUUCAGGAGUCUAUCAGUGAUUUCUACUGGUAUUACUCUGGCAAGGACGUCAUCGAUGAACCAGGCAAAAAGAAUUUCUCCAAAGCCAUGACAGUGGCAAAACAGAUUUUCAACAGCCUAACUGAAUACAUUCAGGGUCCAUGCACAGGCAACCAGCAGUCCCUGGCCCACAGCAGGCUGUGGGAUGCUAUAGUUGGGUUCCUUCAUGUCUUUGCCCACAUGAUGAUGAAGCUGGCACAGGGUAAAGACUCGAGCCAGAUUGGUCUGCUGAAGGAGCUUCUUGACUUACAGAAAGACAUGGUUGUUAUGUUGCUCUCACUAUUAGAGGGAAACGUGGUAAAUGGUACGAUUGCCCGCCAGAUGGUAGACAUGUUGGUGGAGUCCUCCAGCAACGUGGAGAUGAUCCUCAAGUUCUUUGACAUGUUCCUCAAACUGAAAGACAUCGUGGCUUCGGAUGCUUUCCGUGAUUACGUCACAGACCCUCGAGGGCUGAUCUCCAAGAAAGACUUCCAGAAGGCCAUGGACAGUCAGAAACAGUAUACCCCCUCUGAGAUCCAGUUUCUUCUGUCCUGCUCAGAAGCAGAUGAGAAUGACAUGAUCCACUAUGAGGAGUUCGCCAAUCGCUUUCAGGAACCUGCCAAGGACAUCGGAUUCAAUAUCGCAGUGCUGCUCACCAACCUGUCUGAGCACGUCCCACAUGACGUUAGGCUACAGAACUUCCUAGAACAAGCAGAGAGUGUGCUGAACUACUUCCGCCCCUUCUUAGGUCGUAUUGAAAUAAUGGGCGCCAGCAGAAAGAUUGAGCGCAUCUACUUUGAAAUCAGUGAAGUGAACCGCAGACAGUGGGAGAUGCCCCAGGUCAGAGAAUCGAAACGACAGUUUAUCUUUGAUGUCGUCAAUGAGGGCGGUGAAUCAGAGAAGAUGGAAAUGUUCGUCAACUUCUGUGAGGACACCAUCUUUGAGAUGAAUAUAGCCUCACAGAUUUCAGAGCAGGAGGAGGAGGGAAAGGGGGAAGAAGAUGAUGAAGAGGAAGAAGGUGGAGGUGAGGGGGGACAAGGAGCAGCUGGUGAUGAGGAGAAUAAUGGAGACGAAAGGCCGCCUGAAUCGAGCUCUGCCUUUGCAGAUUUCAUAAACAGCACUCUAAGCUUCUUCAGCAUUUUCACCUUCCGUAACCUUCGCAGACAGUAUCGCAGAGUGAGAAAGAUGACCUUGAAGGAGAUUGUGGUGGCCUUGUCCACCUUUUUCUGGACCAUCCUAAUGAGUAUACUACACUUAAUUUACAAUGUGUGCAAAGGGUUCUUUAUGAUCAUCUGGCAGACGUUGUUUGGAGGUGGCUUAGUGGAGGGAGCAAAGAAUAUCACCGUGACUGAGAUUCUUGCAAGCAUGCCAGAUCCCACGCAGGAUGAUGUGCAUGGUGAUGGACCAGGGGAGCCAAGGACAGGGGAAGAACAAGACACUGGAGGUGUAACGGACACCGGGGAGACUGGGAGUGGAGAGGAGGAAGAGGAGGAUACCCAGGAAAAAGAGGGUGGGAGGAUACCAGGUAUUGAUGCUCCAGGUGGACUUGGAGACAUGGGUGUAGAAUCACCUGUUGAACCUCCAACUCCUGAGGGAACUCCCAUAACAAAGAGAAAAAUGGCACCAGAAGAGGCUGAUGCCAGCCAGAAACCUCCUGAACCUGUUCCUGCAGAGGAACCUCCUCCAGAACCUGAAAAGGCUGAUGUUGAAACUGGAGAGAAAGCAGAGAAAGAAUCCCAGAGCAAGGCAGAAGAACGGCCAGAAGAGCCGAAGAAAUCUUCAACCAAAAAAGAAAAGAAGCACAAAAAGGAAGGUUUCCAAAUCUGGACUGAGCUGGAAACCCAACGAAAUAAAUUUAUGAACUACCUCUCCAGAAACUUCUACAACCUACGGUUUUUGGCUCUGUUCCUCGCAUUUGCCCUGAACUUCAUUCUGCUGUUCUACAAGGUGUCUGACACCCCACCCGAGGGUGAGGAGAUGGAGGGAUCCGGGAUGGAGGGAAGUGGGCUGUUUGAAGGCUCUGGGUUCUUUGAAGGCUCAGGGGAGGAGUCUGAGGGAUCUGGAAUGAAUGAAGGAGAUGAGGACGAUGAAGACGUCCCAGUUUAUUACUAUUUAGAGGAGAGCACUGGCUACAUGCAGCCCACACUGUCCUUCCUUGCCAUCCUGCACACAGUCAUCUCAUUCAUCUGUAUCAUUGGCUACAACUGCCUUAAGAUUCCACUGGUGAUCUUUAAAAGGGAGAAAGAACUUGCAAGAAAGCUGGAGUUUGACGGCCUCUACAUCACUGAGCAGCCUGAGGAUGAUGACAUUAAGGGCCAGUGGGACCGACUGGUCCUGAAUACACCCUCUUUCCCAAACAACUACUGGGAUAAAUUUGUCAAACGAAAGGUUUUGGAUAAGUACGGAGACAUUUAUGGCAGAGAAAGAAUUGCGGAGCUCCUGGGUGUUGAUUUAGCCUCCCUUGAUGUGAGUCAACAACAUGAGAAAAAACAAGAGGAACCAGAUAACUCUGUGUUUGCGUGGCUGACCUCCAUUGACCUCAAGUACCAGAUCUGGAAAUUUGGCGUUGUGUUUACAGACGGUACCUUCCUGUAUCUCUGCUGGUACACGAUAAUGUCUUUGCUUGGACAUUACAACAACUUCUUCUUCGCCUGCCACUUGCUGGAUAUUGCCAUGGGUGUCAAGACUCUGCGCACUAUCCUGUCCUCAGUCACACACAAUGGCAAACAGCUCAUGAUGACAGUGGGCUUGUUGGCUGUGGUGGUGUACCUUUACACCGUAGUUGCCUUCAAUUUCUUCCGCAAGUUUUACAACAAGAGUGAGGACGAAGAUGAGCCAGAUAUGAAAUGUGACGACAUGAUGACUUGUUACCUGUUCCACAUGUACGUGGGUGUGCGUGCUGGUGGAGGCAUCGGAGAUGAGAUAGAGGAUCCUGCUGGAGAUGAAUACGAGCUUUAUCGAGUGGUCUUUGAUAUAACUUUCUUCUUCUUCGUCAUUGUCAUUUUGCUGGCCAUUAUUCAGGGUCUGAUCAUUGAUGCCUUUGGAGAACUCAGAGAUCAACAAGAGCAAGUCAAGGAAGACAUGGAGACAAAAUGCUUCAUAUGUGGCAUCGGAAGUGACUACUUUGAUACAACGCCACAUGGCUUCGAGACCCACACUUUAGAUGAACACAAUCUGGCCAAUUACAUGUUCUUCUUAAUGUACCUCAUCAACAAAGAUGAGACGGAGCACACGGGGCAGGAGUCAUAUGUGUGGAAGAUGUACCAGGAGCGUUGCUGGGACUUCUACCCUGCAGGAGACUGUUUCAGAAAGCAAUAUGAGGAUCAACUUUCCUAGCUAACAAGUACUUCACACUUACAGAGGGAAAAAUAUAAUAAUUGAAGCACCAGUCUUGGAACCCAUUGGCUAUCGGUCUGAUGAUAUCUAAGUCAAGACUUCCUCUUCCUCACUUCCUCUUUCGUCUUCGGUCAUUUCAGCUCAUUUCUAUGAACAGAUAUAUAUAGCUAGACAUAACCGAUGGGUUCCGAGAUUUUGGCCAGUGCACUUUGCCUCUACACAUGGAUUGGGACUGUUUACCUGCUGUUUAAAUGUAAUUGGUCAGUACUACUCAAACUACAAACAAGAACACCUCUAAAAAUCUUGUCUCAUCGCCUCCAGUCUUUUUUAACACACUCAGAAUGUGUUUAUAGAGGUUAUUGAAGUGCUGCUUGUGUUCAUCAUUCCUGACAAAAGUCACAACAAAUCGAUUUUGACAUGAAAACUGCAAAAUAAUUCUCAUGAAUUCGAAUUAACAGCACAAACAUUACUUCAAACUUUGGUAACUCUGGUGUCCCUGAGGUGGCUGUAAAGAAAGAGAGUUUUUACUAUGCAAAUGUGAUUCACACAAAAGUUUUUUUUAAGUGUAAUCAUGUAAUCAAAAUGCAUGAAUAUUUUCUCUUUAAUCAAUUUAGGGACAUCAUGGGUUUCCAUAAAUUUGUUUUAAUUUGUUGUUUGUUAAGAAGUUGAAGAUAAAGCCACUGUUAUGUGAGAAUGUGAUAAAGUGCCUUAGCAGUAAGAGAAGCUGAAUAAACUAUAUGUAACAGAAUAUAGUUAGCUUGAAAGUUAGCUCAGCACUCUCACCUUUUUGUUGUUACAUGUAAUCAAUAGUUUCAUUUAAAUUCAUCAUAUAUUUUCUUUGUGAUUAUUGUCAGUUUCACUCUAGCAUAUUUAUAUUUAUUUCUCUGUUUAGUUUUCCUCAGAUACUGUAGCUUAUGUUUGAUUUUAAAUGAUUGUAUUUAUUGUUUUUCAAGACAACUUUAAGUCUGCAAUGAUG